AUGGUGAUUGCUCUAGAUCCAAUUAUUGAGGAAGAAGAGGCGCAUACUAAUAUGCCUAUAGUAGAUGAUGAGGUCCAUGGAGAAGAAAAAGUUAUUGAUAUUCCAGAGUUGAAGCAGUUAACGGUGAAUUUUUCAUUCUUAGAUGCGGUCAAAGAGAUGCCCGAAUGUGCCAAAUUUGUGAAAGACCUACUUAGAAAGAAGAGGUUUGUUCAACAUGAGAUGGUGAAUUUAACUCAUCGUGUGAGUUCAGUUAUUGCUUCCACCACAGUUCAGAAGAAGAGAGAUCCAGGGGCGUUUACCAUUCCGUGUAAUAUUGGGCUUCAUGCAUUCGCUCAUGCUCUGUGUGAUAAUGGAAUGGCGAACAGAUCCAUCAAGAAGUCAGUUGGGCUUAUAGAUGAUGUGUUAGUGCAAGUGGAUAUUCCCAUCAUCUUGGGAAGACCCUUCCUUGCUACGGGCAGAGCGCUUAUGGACUCUGAAAAGAAUGAAAUCAAGUUCCCAGUAAAUGAUGAAGAAGUGAAUUUCCAAGCAAGCAAGGGGAUGAAGUUGCUAAGUGCUUAUGAGAGAAUCUCAGUUAUUGAUUCGUUUGAUGGGAUUGAUGAUGCUGUCGAACAUAAAAUGGAAGAAGAAAGUCUGGGAAAAGUUUUUGCGGCGGUUCUGGUGAACUUUGAUGCUGAUGAUAUGAAGGGCUACGUGGAAAUUAUAAAUGCGCUUGAGCGUCUGGGUUCUUACACUUACCACCCAAGAAAAUUGGGUCUUGACCUUGCAAAUAGAACUACUCCAUCAGCUAAGUCUUCUAUUGUUGAGCCACCAAAGCUUGAGAUUAAGCAGCUGCCAUUACACUUGAGGUAUGAGUUCCUUGGUCCGAACAAGAUAUUGCCAGUGAUCGUUUCAGCAUUACUGACUGAGGAACAAAUUGAGCAAUUAGUGGAGAUUUUGCGUGAGUAUAGACGUGCUAUUGGUUGGACCAUAGCAGACAUUCGGGGUAUUUCUUCUGGUAUUUGUGAGCAUAAAAUUCAGCUAGAGGAGGACAGCAAGCCGAGUGUUGAACAUCAGCGGAGAUUGAACCAGAACAUGCAAGAGGUCGUGAAAAAGGAGAUCAUAAAGUGGUUAGAUGCUGGGGUAGUAUAUCCGAUUGCAGACAGCAAGUGGGCUUGCUGGGAGAUCUUACUAUUGUUUCCUAGAUGGGUACUGCGCUACAAUCAGAUCAACAUUGCCUUAAAAGAUCAAGAGAAGACGACUUUCACUUGUCCUUAUGGGACGUUUGCGUUCAAUCGAAUGCCUUUUGGGUUGUGUAAUACACCAGCAACUUUUCAGAGGUGCAUGAUGUCGAUCUUUUCUAACAUGGUAGAAGAUUUCUUGAAAGUGUUCAUGGAUGAUUUCUCUGUUAUGGGCGAUUCAUUUGAUGAUUGUCUUGACCAUCUGGGUCAACUUCUUGAAAAAGAGGCUAAGUUUGUGUUUGAUGACAAGUGUCAAGUGGCAUUUAAUCUAUUGAAGGAGCGUCUCACUUCUGCUCCUGUUAUUGUUACUCCUAAUUGGUCCCUGGCUUUUGAGUUGAUGUGUGAUGCUAGUGAUUUCGCGAUAGGUGCUGUGCUUAGCCAGAGGCACAAUAAAAUUAUGCACCCGAUCUAUUAUGCUAGUAGGACUCUUAAUGCGGCGCAGAUGAACUACACGGUGACUGAGCAAGAUCUUCUUGCUAUAGUGUAUGCUUUUGAGAAAUUUCGAUCCUAUCUGUUGGGUCCAAGGUUAUGGUGUACACCAAUCAUGCUGCGUUGA